AUGGUUUUAAUCAAUGAUGAGUCGACGUUCGUUAUUCAUCGGGCAUUUGUAAAUAAUUUCAGCGAUCACAUGUUAAGACAACAGCAACGCGAAAUGAUAUGCAAAAACGGCGUUAAAGAAUUCACGACUGUAGCACUUGAAGACAUUGUGAUGGCAUCAAAGCGUGACAAAUCAACGCCAGAAGUAAAUCAAACAUCUCAGACAGACAAAAAUUAA